AUGACUGAAAUCCAGGCCACUCUGGAGUUUUCUGUGGAACUCCACAAAUUUUACAAUGUUGACCUGUUUCAACGCGGAUUCUACCAGAUCCGAGGCAGUAUCAAAGUGCCUCCCAGAGUUCCACACAAAGUUGAGGCCAGUCUCCUACAUCCAGAAGGUUCAGAUUUGGCAUUUCCCGCUUCCGUGCAAGAUGAUGUAAUAAGCAGCAAAACAUUCCAAAUUCUGUACAAAAACGAAGAGGUGGUGAUCAACGAUGUUCUCAUAUUCAAAGUCAUGAUGCUUCUGGAUGAGAAGAAGGUGGAGGAAACCCUGAAUGAAACAGAUUUUCAGCUAUUUCUAGAUUUGUACUUUACUGAUGGAGACUACACACCCGAUGAUCCAAAUUCUUUGCAAAGUAUUAGUGGGCGCUCCCUUCGUUUGCACUUUAGCCUUCAGAAAGGCAUCCAUCAACACAUCAAUGUCAUGUUUGACUAUUUUCACCUCUCUGUCAUCUCUGUUGCCAUCCACGCCUCUCUUGUGGCCCUACACCAACCUCUUGUCAGUUUUCCUCGACCUGUGAAACCCACGUGGUUAAAUCGUAAUGCUCCCGCUCAAAGCAAAGAUUCUCUGAUUCCACCUCUGGAAAGUGUGGUGUUUGGAAGUGGUUAUGUAAAGCAGGUGUCACCAGAUGGUCGAACUUUUGUGAUCUCUGAGCACUGUCUUCAGCAUGCCCACAGUCUGCAUCAAAACCUCUGCUCCAACCUCUUAGCUGCUUACCAAGGUCUUUUUGGAUACUUCACCGAUAUCACAAAGGAUCUGCCUUCCUCCCAUCGCAUAGAAUUAGCAAAACCCAGCAUGCAAGUCCUUUAUGAGCGAGUUCUCAGAAGACCCUAUCCCCGAAGUCAAAGACACGUCUACAUAGAACAACAUGACUUAGAAGCACGUUUAGUUGAUUUAUGUGAACAGAUCAAGACAAAAGCAGAGUCUCCUGAUGAGCUGGCAGAGCUGGUAAACAUGAACCUGGCCCAACUGUGCUCACUGCUAAUGGCUCUGUGGGGUCAGUUUUUAGAGGUGGUUUCUCUUCAAGAGCAUGUUGCUGCUAUAUUGGCUAUGGAACAUCAUGCAUUAAGAGUUAGGCGAUUUGCUGAGGCUUUCUUUUGUUUGGAGCACCCCAGGCAAUCUGCUCUGGCAUAUCAGGAGCUUCAUGCGCACAGUCACCAGCAAAUGACUAACGCAAUCAAAAGUUCCAGCUAUUUCCUGUCUCUGCCGCCACUUCCUGUAGAAUGUGUGGACCUGGAUGGUGACGUCAACUCCCUGCCAAUCAUUUUUGAGGAUAGAUAUCUUGAUUCCGUCAUCGAAGAUCGAGAUGGACCAUGGCUCGGGGUGAACAAUACACGCAGUGGUUUGAUGUCUGGAAAAAGUGAAAAGUCUAACUGUAAGGAGUCCAGCGCUUCAGCGAGCCCCAUACCUGAAUCCCGGUGCAGCUCAGAAGACAACACCUGGCCAGACUAUGAUCCGCCUCCUAAAUCCAAAGGAAAGUCUUCCUCACAGCAUGACCUGAAGUGGUACGAAUGCACCUCCACACCACAGAUGAAAGCGUUCAUCAAAGCUAAAGAGGAAAUGAAGCAGCUAAGACUCCCUGGCUUCUUAUACAGUGAAGUCCCUGAGCUGGCGUCCACCGUGCCCUAUUUCAGUUUAGAGGAGGAUGAAAGUUGCACAGAGGGCAUCCACCUCAUAGUCUGCGUCCAUGGGCUGGAUGGCAACAGUGCAGAUCUUAGACUAGUCAAAACGUACCUAGAGCUUGGACUCCCUGGUGCACGUAUAGACUUUCUCAUGUCUGAGAGAAAUCAGAAUGACACAUUUGCUGACUUUGAAUCCAUGACAGAUAGGCUACUAGAUGAAAUAAUUCAGUACAUCCAAAUUUACAAUCUCACAGUAUCUAAGAUAAGCUUUGUAGGUCAUUCUUUGGGAAACCUCAUUGUACGCUCAGUGUUGACUCGUCCGAGGUUUAAAUGUUACUUGAGCCGGCUGCACACUUUUCUUUCACUUUCUGGACCUCACCUCGGCACUUUGUACAACAGCUCGGCUCUUGUAAACACAGGCCUUUGGUUUAUGCAAAAGUGGAAGAAGUCCGGAUCACUUCUGCAGCUCACGUGUCGGGAUCACUCUGAUCCUCGUCAAACAUUCCUCUAUAAGCUCAGCAAAAAAUCAGGUCUACAGUAUUUCAAGAAUGUGGUGCUUGUGGGCUCCCUGCAGGAUCGUUACGUGCCAUACCAUUCGGCUCGUAUAGAGAUGUGCAAAACUGCUUUGAAGGAUAAACAGACAGGCCCUGUGUAUGCUGAGAUGAUAGAGAAUUUGCUGCUGCCUGUACUUCAGAACAAAGACUGUAAUCUUGUGCGAUACGAUGUCAUUCACGCUCUGCCCAACACGGCCAACUCUCUGAUCGGUCGGGCUGCUCACAUUGCAGUUCUGGAUUCUGAGAUCUUCCUGGAGAAGUUCUUCCUGGUUGCUGGCCUUAAGUUCUUUCAGUAA